UGGGUUCCAGGCUGUUGUUACUGCUUCCUUCUCUGUUGUGGUCUGAGGUCCCAGGAUAAGCAGCUGCAGCUCCCCUCAGCAACAUCUGAUUGUAGCCAGUCCUUGUUAAAACUCCUGUGGGGCUCAGCCGAGGAGGGUAUUUACUCUGGUAACUGGACCUAGCCCCCCUAGGGCAGCCCUGGACUUUGCUGACACCCACUCCUGAGUCAAAACGUCUCCAGUAGAUGAUGGGAUGGUGAAUGAAAUGGAGGACAACUGUCUGCCGGGACUGGAACCGUACGGGUCAUUACUGGGCAUAUCCAAAGGGGGUGAUUUCCAAGGACUGGCAUAAAUGGUGACCUGUGAGAGUCAAGCCAAGCCAAGCCAAGCCAAGCCAAGCCAAGCCAGAAGGGUAGGAAAACACCAUGGAAGAGUUGUGGAAUGAAACCACUUCCCUUAGCAGAAGAGCUAUGGGGAAAGCCAAGGCUAGGAAAGCCCAAAAGAAAAUCCAGACACCAGGGAAAACCUAUAAGUGCCCAGAGUGUGGGAAAAGCUUCAAUAAGAGAUCAAUCCUUACAGUACAUUGGAGAAUCCACACUGGAGAGAAGCCCUUUAAAUGCCCUGAGUGUGGGAACAGCUUCAGUGUGAACUCGCACCUCAUCGCACAUCAGAGAAUCCACACUGGAGAGAAGCCCUACAAAUGCCAUGACUGUGGCAAAUGCUUCUGCCUGAGCUCCACCCUCAGUAUCCAUCAAAAAAUCUAUACAGGAGAGAAGCCCUGUGAGUGCCUUGUCUGCGGAAAGAGCUUUCGAGUGAGCUCCUACCUUCUUGCCCAUGGGGCAACGCACAGUGCAGGCAACCCUAAUAAAUGCCCUGACUGCAGGUAACACUUCAGCUUUAGCCAAGACCUCAUUGUGCACCGGAGACUGCACAUGGGAGAGAGACCCUUUAAAUGUAUGGAGUGUGGGAAGAACUUCAAUCGGAGAUCAACCCUCAUAGUUCAUCAGAGAGUCCAUAUGGGGGUGAAACCCCAUAAAUGUCAUGAUUGUGGGAAAAGCUCUGUUGUGAGCUCAGGCGCAUUGCACACAAGAGAAUCUACACGGGGGAGAAACCCUACCACUGCCUGGACUGCGGAAAGAGCUGCCGCCUGAGCUCCCACCUCACCCAACACCAGAGAAGCCACACAGGGGAAAGACCCUACAAAUGUCUGGUCUGUGGGAAAAGUUAUGCUAGCAUCUCAGGCCUUAUUAAACACAAGAGAAGCCACGCAGGAGAGAUAUAUAGGCCAGCGCUUUCUUACACCUUAGGGAACCAAUGUGGGAGAGGGCCAUUAUUAGUUUCCCAAAUGUGCAGAAAGCUUCAGUGUGCAGUCACCCCAUCUAAAACACAAGCCAGUGAACGUGGAAGAGGAGCUGUAUCAAUGCCCUGAAUAUGUGGGCAGCUUCACCCACAACUCAGUCCUUACGAGAUAUCAGAGAAUCCACAUGGGAGAGAGACACUUUCGCUGCUCUGAAUAUGGGAAGCAGUUCGCUGAUGGCUCAGGCUUCAUUAGGCCCUAACAAGUCCACACAGAAGAGAGGUCCUGUAAAUGCCCAAGUGCAGGAAAGGGUUCUGGUCAAACUCACUGCUCAUUCGGCAUCAGAGUCCACACAGGCAAGAAACCCUACACAUGUCCUCUCUGUGAGAAAUGCUUUUGUUGGAGCUUGCACAUCAUUAGGCACCAGAGAAUCUACAGUCAAUAGAUGAUCAUCGGGUGUGUCUUCACAAGGCGCUAACUGUGCACUAGAAUUAGGCUAAUUCUACUGUGCAGUAGUGUGCAGGGCAAAAACCGUGCUAAUGUGCUACUGCACAGUAGUAUUAGGCUGUUGCACAGUUACUGUCACU